AUGUCAGCAAUUGAAGAAGAGCAUGUCCCACAGUCAUCAAUUCCAGAAGACUUGCAACAAAGAUACAGUAAUUGGAAGAAAAAUACAAGAUUGCUUUACGAUUACUUAAAUACAAACUCCAAAAAAUGGCCCUCUCUAACGUGCCAAUUCUUCCAUGAUUUGGAUACCACCUCAGAUACACAUAGAAUAUUACUCUCUGCAUUCACUUCUUCUCAAUUACCGGAGGAUGAAGCCAUUUACAUCGCUAAACUUUCCACUUUGAAACAUCUUGAAUGGGCAUCAAUAAAUAACUUUGAUAUGGACGAAAUGGAAUUUAAACCGGAAAAUAAUAUUAAAUUGCCUUCUAAAAAUUUAACUAAUGAUAUAUCCAUAAGAUUUCCCGAUGGUGACUGUAAUAUAGCAAGAUAUCUACCUCAAAACCCUGAUGUCAUCGCCGGUGCAUCUUCCCAUGGAUCCAUAUACAUAUUUGAUAGAACGAAACAUGGGUCUUUGAGAAUGAGACAAUCGAAAAACUUAAAACCUUACGAGGCAGCACUAUAUUGUCCGCCAAAGGGAAUUGAAAACGUGGAGAAUACAAAUGAGGCUACAUCGAUAUCGUGGAAUUUACAAAGAGAAGGUUUAUUGGCAUCCUGUUACUCAUCUGGACAGAUACAGUUAUGGGAUUUGAAAAAAUAUUCAAAUUCUAAACUGGAAAUGGAUACCCCAUUGUUAAAUGUCGAUUUUGAUGCACUGGGUGUCAACGACGUUAAUUGGCAUCCUAGCCAUGAUUCAAUAUUGGCUGCAUCUGGAGAAAGUAAUAUUAUAGGACUCUUUGAUAAUAGAUUAGGUACGGAAAUACUGAGGUCUAACGAGAAAAUGCACAAUGGUGGAAUCAAUUCUUGUAAAUUUAACUCUCAUUGCGAUUCCUUACUAAUCUCUGGUGAUUCAGAAGGUAGAAUUAAUCUCUGGGAUUUAAGAAAAUUGGAUGGGGAACCCAUAAAAACGUUACACCAUGGAUCCUCUAUUUCGACGUUAGAAUGGAACCCAAACUUGGAAACAAUCGUGGCAAGUGCAGGCCAAGAUGAUGGGUUAGUGAAGCUGUGGGACGUGUCCACUGACGAAUUAGUAUUCACUCAUGGUGGCCAUAUGUUAGGUGUGAAUGAUAUUUCUUGGAAUUUACAUGAUACAUGGUUAAUGUGUAGUGUGUCCAACGAUAAUUCAGUACAGGUAUGGAAACCCGCUCAUAAUUUAGUGGAACAAGUAUAA